CAUCAGCGAGCAGUCGUCGAGUCAGGAGACAGUCAGAAUGAACCACCGCUGUGACAUGCAAUUGGACAGCCCCAGUGGGGUCUAUCGGGCCGGGGAGACGGUUAAUGGUCACAUCUAUCUAACCCUAACGGAGCGUGCCCUAAUAAAAGCCAUUUCCCUGGAGGCAAAUGGAUUUGCAGCCACCGAAUGGCAGCAGCCCCAAAAGGCAGCGAAACCCAAGAAAUCCGAACAGCAAAAUCUUCAAGUGGAAAAGCAGUCGCUGGCCUUUGAGCAGCGUGUGGAUUACUUUGCCAAAAUCGAUUACUUUGUGGGAUCGGAGGCGGCACAGCCACAGCUCAUGGAUGCCGGCACCUACAGCUAUGGUUUCCAUGUGAAGUUGCCCAAGAGCUGCCCCAGCAGCUAUGAGGGCGUCCAUGGACACAUUCGUUACACUUUGCAGCUGCUGAUGCACAGCAGUGCGGUGCAACCCAUCGAUGUGAUUCACACACGCCAGCUGCAGGUGUACGCCGAGAGCGAACUGUGCAAGGAGUCGCGCAGUGGCGAGGUGCAGUGCCUGGAGCAGACGCCACGGACGAAGUUCUGGCAGCGACCCCUGCAGCUGCAACUGCAGAUUCCCCGCCAGGCCUACUCGCCCGGGGCGGGCAUUUCAGUGCAUGUGAAGCUGCACAAUCCGCAAAAGCUGCCGCUCAGGGAGGUGGUCUACAAGCUGAACAUGGUCAGCAGCUAUGUGGGGCUGCAGCGGAACAAACCAAAGCGUCGGGACAUCAAAGUGGAGAGGCAAUCUCUGCUGAGCAGCGGCCACGAGCUGGCCAGCCUGCCCCGCAGCGAACUGGAGCACUUCCAGCAUCUUCAUAUGCUCCAAGUGCCCCAGACGCCGGCCACACUAUCCUCGGCGGCCUGCGCCUGCCUACAGAUCAACUACGAGGUGGAGGUGCUGGUACGCACGCAGCAGGAGAAGCGCUCCAUCAUGGCACAAGUUCCCAUUACCAUUGGCAAUGUGACGCCACCCUGUCCGAAUGCCAUCCGUUCAAGGGAUCUCCUGGCAGCCUCAGCCUCAGCCCCGGAACAGACGCCCACGCCGGGCACAGCCACGAAAUUGGCACCCGACUUUAGCGCUUCCAUGACCUCAUUGGCCUCCAAUUUUCGCGAGGCCGAAUUUAUGACGGCCACCAAUUUGAACAAAAGCAACAAGCAUGCUCUGUCCGGGGAGCAGCUGGACUUUAAGCCACGUUAUGUCUACUAUGAACCUGACCAGAACCAGACAAAGAAAGAGCUAGCAGCUCAUUGAGUGGAGCAGUGCAUUGACAUCACAUAUUAUUUAUUUUAACCUAAGGAAAUUCAUUUAAAAUUGGUCAGAAAGGUGUGCUUCAUUUACAAUUAAAAUUUGUAGCUAUCACUGAGAUUUAUAAAAAACAUUUAAAUGUCCAACAAAAUAUAUCGAAACAAUAUUAAAUGCAUUGCU